UGGUAGACGCGCACAUGUGUGUCCUUUGGGGUCAUUUUGUCACAUAUCUUGUGUGUGCCUUUUGUCUAUAACCUCUGAAAGCCUCCCAAAGGAGGCGGCGCUAGGGUUUUGAGAGAGAAUGCUCUCCUUGGCCAUCGGCGAUUUUGAUUAUGACAACAAUUAUUUGUUGCUUCUAUAAUCUGUUGUGGAACUCUCCUUUAAAUAAUGGAUAUGAAUUUAUGUUGUCUGAGUUUUCACGCUUUUUGUUCGACAUUGCCCUCCAUCGAUCAACACCACUUUCAUUUUGCCCGCCCAUUUUUUUGACCAAAAAUUAAACUUCCCCUACUCCCCUCGAUACAAAAAUGAAAACCCAGAGACCAGGUCUCGAAGGUGGACGACGGCGGCACGGCGGGCGGAAGCUUUAUCGCUUCUCUAUCUCCUCGAACAAUGGUCUUGGUCUCUCCACAUCACUCGAGAUCUCGGUCUCUCCUCGUCGUCUCUCUCUCAAGUCUCAAUCUCUCCUCGACGGCUCCGGCCCUCUCCUUCGCUCCUCAACGAUCGAAGGUCUUUUUAAUCCUCGUAAGUUGACAGCUCUAAUCGAAAGCAGAGAAAUGGAGCAGAUCCAGUUCAAUCCUGGAGGUCUCUCUUUUAUCUUUUAUCCUUUCUUCUCUUUCAAUUCAUAUAUCAUUUAGUUGUUUGUUAUGCUGCAAUUUGCGAACACCCAGAACCAGAAAUUGGUCCAACGUAGAUACAAAUAAGGUAGGACAAAGGCUUUAUGUGCCUCCUGAGCUGGAAACGAUAAUUCUUUGUCCGUCUGUCUCUGUGCGACUGUUGUUUGUUUUAUUUUUGGUAUCUUUGAUCCUCUGCUGUUAGGUCUUGUUCUUCCUUUUCUUCCACUUCUCUGCAAAUCUUCAUAUCUACGCGGAUUGACCAUCAAAUUUUCGCCAACGUUUGGCCCUCUGGGUCAAUCACGCAAUCUCAAUUUACAUUGGCUUUUGAAUGGUGGCUUGGUUUGCUCAUCAAUCCUAGUCUGAAAGUUUGGUGUUGAACAUCAAGAUGGGAGCUUGUGCGUCCAAGGAAGUUUGCGGGCAAUUGUUGGACGAUAGUUCAAUUUCUAUGCUUAAAAUAUUUGGUCAAGAACCUUGGUACCAUUGCAAGGUUUGGCACCAAGAAAUUCAUGGAAGCCGCGGCUCUACUUGUGUUUUCAGAUUUGGUCAAGAACCUUGGUACCAUUGCAAGGUUUGGCACCAAGAAAUUCAUGGAAGCCUUGGCAGCGUGGCUGCUGGACCUGAUUUUAGCAUGAUUGGUCAGUUUGGUGUUGGGUUCUACUUUGCAUAUCUUGUUGUUAAGAAGGAAGAGGAAGUUGAUGAAGAGAAGGAAGUGGUCAUGUUUCUGGCCUCGAUGUUUUUGACCUUUUUGUUUAGGCAGGGUUAGUAUGUUCAUGUUGGGAUGAUGAUGGAAUGAAUUGGUUUUGGAUAUUUAAUCAAUUAAUGGAUAUGUUUUUGGAUGUGUUGAUCAA